UUGUUUCGGGUUACGCUGUUUUUGCUCCCACUCGGACUUUUUCGCGCGAUCAUGGAUCAACAAUCCUUCAAAAAGAAGCAUGGGACGACGCAUCGCUUCGGCAAUCGCAAGCGGAAAUCCCCAAUGGCCAAGAAAAACCCCUACUCCAUUAAGCGGAACCUGACCUACUCCAUCCCGAACGAGGAUAUGAACCUGUUCCUCAAGCGGGCAGUCUGUGAGUCUGCCAUAAACUUCCACGAGCCACAGGUCACUGUGGCCAUUGACCUGAUCCGUGAGAACAUGCGUGCGUGUCCCUGUUGGUGCGCGGACAACUCGGAGUUUGAGGCGAACUCUGAUUCGCACCAGGAGGAGUCCCAGACCCUGGACGACGAGGGCGGCUCGGAGUACGGGUCCAAGAGCCCAUCCGCAAAACCCCACAGGCGGAAGGAGGCCUCCACAAUCACUGGAGCAUCCCAGUUUGUCCAACCCGGGCCCCCGAUGGCCCAGCAGAACAUCGAAAGGUUGUCGAGGCUCUCGAAAGAGGACUUAGACUACCAAUUCACCCGCGAGACCCUCUCAAACGGGCGGGAGCCUCAGAUGAUCUGCUCCUUUUGUAUGGAGAAAGGGCACCUGAAGGAGGGGCACUGCUCGGCUCUGCUGGCGCUGCAGUUUCUUUCACGGCAGUACUGGUGGAUGGCUGCCCUGGCGGCUCUUGGAAGGCUCGGAAGAGAGCCACAGCCUGGCACUUGUCUCCCAGAGCCAAGAGCCCGAGCUGGUGGCAGUCAUGGGCCAAGAGAAGAGAAGCGUUGGGGAAGGUCCCUCUGUAUCGAUGAUGAACGAGGGCCUGAUGCUUGCAGAAGGCACCCUGCCAUCCAGCUCCACAUUCCCACAUCACUGUAGGGUUGGAUUGCAUUUUUAUGGUGCAAGGGCUGCUGAGGCCAAACAGCACCAAAGAAAAAACUAUUUUAUUGAGGGUAAGCAAGAAGAAAGAACUCUAGUGGUCAGGGUUAAAAAUAAAGAAAUGAGACAUGAAACCGGAUUAUGUCACAAACAAUAAUGAGCAUGAGUGAAAAGCUUUGGAAGCAGAGAGGCCGUCAUGAAGAGAAAAAAGCCUGACAGCGCACAAGUUGAUGCUGACAACUCGCAUGACAAGCGCUUAAAGAAGCAGUUGGAGGAAAAGGUGACCUCGUGCCGUGCGUUGCUGAAGAGGGCGGAAGAGACCGUUGGGGCAGGACUGAAGUGCCAAAGCUUGGAAAAAGUAGA